AUUCAUCAAUCAGUCAGAACUCAAUAUCAAAGUCUCAUAAUAUCAAACAGAAAACAGUUUUAGCUAGCUCAAAGUGUUUGCUUAGAAGAAGAAGAUGGCGUCUUACCAGAACCGACCCGGAGCUCAGGCCACUGACGAGUAUGGAAACCCGAUCCAGCAGGUUGACGAGUAUGGAAACCCAAUUGGUCGUGGAGGAGCUACCGGAGGAGGAGGUUAUGGAACUGGUGGAGGAUACGGCGGAGGAACCGGCACUGGUGGAACCUACGGGACAGGUGGCGAAGGCUACGGGGCUGGAACAGGAGCCCUGGGAGCUGGCGUAGGAGGUAGACACCACGGCCAGGAGCAACUCCAUAAGGAAAGUGGUGGUGGUGGCUUAGGAGGAAUGCUCCACCGCUCUGGAUCCGGAUCCAGCUCUAGCUCGGAGGAUGAUGGACAAGGUGGGAGGAGGAAGAAGAAGGGAAUAACAGAUAAGAUUAAGGAGAAGUUGCCAGGUCACCAUGAUCAGUCUGGUCAAUCUCAAGGCAUGGGGAUGGGAACUACCACCGGUUAUGACGAGGGAGGCUACGCUGGUGAACGCCAUGAGAAGAAGGGGAUGAUGGAAAAGAUCAAGGAAAAGCUUCCCGGUGGCGGUGGUCAUUAAGCAAUUAUACAAGUUAAACUUUGGAUGCAUAUAUAAAUUAAAAUAAAGGAGAGUUUGUAACACAGUCGCAUCCGGACCUUUUACUUUUAGGUGUGUGUGUGUGUGCGUCCUGCGAUGUGUUAAUGGCUUAUAUGAGUGUGUUUAUGGGCAUCGUUUGGCUCUUUUUAUGUUCUUGAGAUGUAUGUAUGGUAAAGUAUUCUGUUCUUUAAUAUCUAUAUAUCUAUCUACUUUCUUGUUAUGUUUCUGACCAUGUCCAUCGGCGGUUUUAUUGAGGGGUUCUAAAUGG